ACAACUCAGUCUGCAUAAGAUGAGUUUGCACUCUGCUUGCUGCCAGUGUUCUGUGUUGCAAAACAUUGAUUUGCAUGCUUCGGUUUGCUUCUACUGCAAAACCAAUGUAAAUUGCGUUCAAUCUGCAUCUUAAAUGCAAACUGAACACAAAAUGCAAACUACACAUUACAACUCCAAUUGCAUUCAUAUUCCUACAUAUUAGGAAUCUGAAUAUUCCGGCCCCCUCGGACUAACUAGUUCUAAAAUAAUAUUACUUAAUACUAACUAAAAUUAAUUUUCAGUCUUUAGAUCAGCGUUUUCUGUUUCGACGGGUAGUAGGCACAGCUUUACGAUGGGUCGCUCGUACUCUCCAGUAGCUGCUCUCACCAGUACCUUUCUGACCUUCUGAUCUGCUCCUGGUUUAACUUCUAUAACUCGUCCAAGUUUCCAAUGUAAAGGUGGCAAGUUAUCUUCCUUGAUUAUUACCAGUGAGCCUUCUUUAAUGGAUUCCACUGGUUGCAUCCAUUUUGGUCUUUGUUGUAGUCUGACGAUAUAUUCAGAUGACCAUCUUUUCCAGAACUGUUGUAGCAUCUGUUGAACUAGCUGCCAUCUCACGAGUCUGGUAGUUGGGAUUUCAGUUAAAUCCGGAUCAGGGAUCGACGUCAAUGGUUGACCAAUGAUGAAAUGUCCAGGUGUCAGUGCUCUUAAAUCCGAUGGAUCAGUUGACUCAGGCGUUAAUGGUCUUGAGUUUAGCACUGCCUCGAUCUGGCUUGUAAGAGUUGUCAGCUCUUCGAAUGUUAAUCGAUUUAAUCCCAUUAUUCUUCUAAGAUGGUAUUUGGUCGAUUUCACCCCUGCCUCCCAGAGUCCUCCGAAGUGUGGCGCUGAAGGUGGGUUGAAAUGCCAAGAUAUUCCUUCCUUAGACAUUGUUAAUGCGAUCUGAUUAUUGUGGCUUACAUUGUCGGUAAGUUUCUGCAACUCCUUUAGCUCCUUGUCAGCUCCGACAAAGUUUGUGCCGUUAUCGCUGUAUAUGUCUGAUGGCUUGCCUCGCCUAGCUAUGAAUCUUCUUAAGGCAGCAAUAAAUGCUUCAGUGCUGGCCGAACUAACAACUUCUAAGUGUAUGGCUCUAGUCGCACAGCAAAUGAAUAUCGCUAAAUAUGCCUUUAAUGUCACCUUACUUCUGGGUGUAAUAGGUCGAAUCAAGAAAGGUCCAGCAUAAUCGAUUCCACAUUUCUGGAAAGUAUGGGAUGGAGUUACUCGAAAUGAAGGUAGAUCUGCCAUCAUCUGUUGCAUGGUUUCUGCUCGAUUUCUUGUACAGAUGACACAUUUUCGAAUGAUCCUCCUCACAGCAUCCUUUCCUCGAACAAUCCAAUAUCUUUGUUGUAGAUAAGAUAAUAAAGUUUGUGAACCAGCAUGUAGGUUCAACAAAUGCGCAUUUUCUAUUAUCAUCGUUGUAAUUCUGUGAUGCGGUGGCAGCAGAAUUGGAUGUUUCUGAUGCACAGGAAUGCUUGCAUGACGAAGCCUUCCCCCCACUCGCAAAAUGUUGUCUUUGUCGAUGAAUGGGUUCAACGAUAAUAAGCUGCUUUUACUGGAUAACUUCCCUUUAGUUCUAAGCUGCAACAGAUCUGAAGCGAACUCUUCCUCUUGAGCGAUACAAAUCCAACGUCUAAGAGAUACCUCAAGUUCCACUGUCGACAGCCAAGGGUUACUAAUUGAUUCAGCUGCAAAUCCAUGUUUCUUCUGGACUGCUGCUCUCGUAUUAUUUAUAAAUCUUAAUAAUCUUGCUGUGAUUCGUUGCAAUCUGGUUAAUGUUGAGUACCUGAGAAUCAGAUCUCUCGGUAUUCUAAUAUUUGUUAAAUGACACACUGAAGCAUCACGUCUUUCUUCACUUGGCUCUUAUUUACUCACAACUUCACUUGUUUGGUACAGGUGGUUUCUCAUUCAACCAAGACGGCCCGUUCCACCAUAAUGGAUGGUUAAUAAAUUCUUGUACACUUAUUCCACGAGAUGCACAAUCAGCCGGGUUAUCAAUUCCACGAACGAAUCCCCAUUUAUCUCCCGGAAUUAAUUCUUGAAUUUUGGUAAUUCUAUUUGCAACAAAGGUUUUAUACUUAUACGGUUCAGACCUAAUCCAUCCAAGAGUUAGUGUUGAAUCUGCAUAGGCCACCAUAUCAGUAAAGUUCAUUUUCAAAGCCUUUGCAACUAACGGCAUAAAUUCUGCUAACAGUAGUGCUCCACAAAGUUCCAACCUUGGUAACGAUUGUUGCCUUACUGGCGCUACUCUAGUCUUUGAGGAUACCAGAUAUGAUAAUCCGUUUCCUUUUUCAUCAUAAUACACCAAAUAAACUACAGCUGAAUACGCUUGUUCAGACGCAUCACUGAAUCCUACCAAAUAUGUCUGUCGAUUUUUUCCUGAGUGACCAACUUGCGCUCUAGGAAUUUUUAACAUUUGUAAAUUUUUCAGUUCAAUUUUAAAAUUAUCCCACUUUUGUUGAAUUGUUAUUGGCACUAAAUCAUCCCAGUUCAAAUUUUCUUUCCAAAUUGAUUGCAUUAAAAUUUUUGCAUUAAUUAUUAUGGGUGCGCACCAACCAAUGGGAUCGAAUAAUUUCGAAAUUUCAGAUAGAAUCACUCGUUUUGUUAAUGAACCUACUUUUACAUUACCAAAUAUAUCAGCUCUAAAUCCAAAACAAUCUUGAGCGGGGUUCCAAUAGAUUCCAAGUGUUUUCACAGUUGCGUCUUUAUCAAAUGUCAGCGAUUUUGUUUCUCCCAGAUCUUCAGGAAUUGACAUAAGAGCUUUUUCGGAAUUUGAAGUAAAUUUUCUGAUUGACAUUCCGCAACGUUUCAAUAGUUCAAUGAUUUCGUGCUGAAGUUUUACUGCAUUCUCUUCAGUGUCAGCUCCAGACAAUAAAUCAUCCAUAUAAAAAUCUUCUUGUAACACUGGUGAUGCAAUUGGAAAAUCAACUUGUUUUGCUAACUCGCUUAGCACACGAGUAGCUAAAUAUGGACCAGCAGCCGUGCCAUAAGUAAUUGUUAGUAAUUUAUAAUGUUUAAGUGGUUGAUCUGGCGAUUCCCUCCACACAAUAUGUUGAAAUUCUUGAUCAUCACUCGAUACAAGGAUCUGUCUGUACAUUUUUUCAAUAUCAGCAUUUAUUGCAAUUUUAUGCUUUCGGAAUCUCAUUAUUAAGUUUGCUAAUUUGUCUUGAACAGUAGGUCCAACCAUCAUUGUAUCAUUCAAUGAGAGGCCGUUAGACGUUUUAGCUGAUGCGUCAAAUACUACGCGAAAUUUGGUCGUGGUAGAUGAUUCUUUUAACACAAAAUGGUGGGGUAAAUAGCAUCUAAAUUCGCUAUCUUUGUUUGGUGGUGGCACUUCUAUCAUAUGCCCCAAGUUUAUGUAGUCAUCCAUAAAUUUUUUGUAUUCUACAACAUAGUGUUUAUUUUUAUGGAGUCGCCGUUCUACUUGCUUGAAACGAUUUAUUGCAAUAUUUAAUGAUUCCCCUAACUGCACUUUAGGAGUUUUAAAUGGGUAUUUCACAAUGAACUCACCCGCUUUGGUUCUUUGAACAGUAUUUUUAAAAUGGUCCUCACACCGUUUUUGCUCAGCACUGAGCAGUUGUGAGUCUUGCACUUUUUCUAUUUCCCAGAAACUUUUUAAUAAUGCAUCCAGCUUUAAAUUCUGGUCAUUUUCAAUUGAUUUAUUAAUUUGAGUAUGAUACAAUUUCAUCUCAUUUUGAUUAUUAGUUCGGCCGCCGCCAAUUAACCAUCCUAAUUGUGAAUUAAUUGCGAUCGGUCCAUUGGAAUCCCCUUCCUUCUCCCCAUCGAUUAUAUUAUAAAAGAGUUCAGCUCCGAUUAAUAUAUCGAUAUCAGCUGGGGUUUGAAAUGUCGGAUCCGCGAGUUGAUUAUUUGUUUUACUUUUGAUUAUUUGAUUAUGAAGACGGCUGACAGUGCUUUCACCUAUCUUCGCAAUUGGUAACCUACUAAUUUUUGGUACCACGUAAGCUUCCAUAUGGAAAGUUUUAUUUUUAUCGAAAUGUGGACAAAAGGUAAUAUUCACGAUUCCCUUUGCACAUCCGACUUGAUUCUGACCUAGUCCACUAAUUGGUACAUAGGUUUUUCGUUUUCGCAAUUUCAGCCGAUUGGCGCAUGAUGCAGUUAUAAAAUUAUUUGUUGAUGCAUUAUCUAACAAUGUUUUACAGUUCACAAAUUCAUUUAAAUUAUUCUUGAUGGCCACACAGGCUGUUGCUAUUAUUGGAUAGCAAUCUGAAGGCGUUUCUAGUCAUUCAGAAUUGUUGUAGAACAAGCUGGAUCCUCCAUUACUUGAAGUUGAAGAGAUGCCUUCACUCCUCCCCUGGGUGUGAAAUACCUGGCUAGUUCUUUCUUGUUGAUGUUCAGCUUGUUGCUGAUUUCCUUGCUGUCGUUCAUAAUUCUGUUCCCUCCGAGAAUUAUAGUUAGCUUGCGUGUGCAUAUUUUGAUUUUGAGCAUCAUUUCGUUGAUUCUCAGCGGCGUUAUUGUGAAGUAAAUAACUAUGUUGCUGAUUACACUUUUUGCAUCUAAAAGGACUCACAGAUGCCAUGUUUGGGUAGUAGACAAAUAUAACAUAAUUUUUCCCUUUUUACAAGCGCCCAUCGACCUUCCACCGUUGCACCCUUAAAUUCUCUGCAUUUGUAUAGUGGAUGAUUUUCCCUACAUCCCAUCUUACAUUUUUUAGUGGGUGCUUGAGUGUGGUGCACGGUAGCUGUCUUCUUUUCAGACCCUGAUUUCUGAUUUGAUGCAACAUACGCAGUAUUUUCUAACGCCAUGGCAUGCCGUUCUAAAAAUGAAAUUAGGUCCGCCAAUUUGAUUAUGUCAUUGUCCUUAAGACUAUGCUCCCACAAGUCUUUUGCAGCAGGAUCAAGUUUGCUUGCGAUGUGAUAGAUGUAAAAUUGUUCUGCAUGUACAUCCAGAUUACAAUGAAGAAGCUCCAUGGAUCUGAUACAUCUAUUUGCGGCAUCGAUAAGGGCUUUGACGGAUUUUGACGUUGCUGUUGCUUUUGGCUGAGAGCAAAACUUAUCCUAAAAACUUAGAAAAGCAAACGCACUCUGAUUUACCCAACAAGCAAGCCAUAUAAAGUUAAGAUUUAACUUGACGAGUAAAUUUUAUGUACUUUGGAUUUAGUUAGUCCAGUUUUCUUAACCUCUUAACGACGAAGUGCACACAUUUGUGUAGUCGUUUUAUUUUCCGCUGACGACAUGUGUGUACUGCACAGAUUACCCUAAGACCAAAAUUUCUUUCGGAAAAGAGUAUUUCUACGGUACUUUGUGGGAAAUUAGAUGGUAAAAGGUGGAUUUUUUCCGACAUUUUCCUUCUGAAAUUUUGGAAUUUUCCCUAUACCGAGCAAUGUUAAAAAGUGGAUUUCUUUUUGGUUUUGUCAAAAAACUUUUAGUUGGUUGCUAGCAGGUGCAACUAUGUAUGCAAUCAACAUCGUACCAAGGGGAAAUUUUAUUUAAAAAUCAGAGGUAAGAAAGAGGUCAAUACAAAAUUGAGACUGCAUUUUCUUUUGGAAAGGGUAGCAAGAAUUUUAAGAGUGUUUUCACCUUGCUCAGACCGGCGGAUAUGAACAGGUAGAUGAUAUCAGCAGCUAGUAAAAUCUGUAGAAACCAAAUAAAUGUGCAUGUUAGACGUCUUGUUCAGAAAGAGUGGAAACUUUGUGCCGGCUGGAUUAAAUAUUACGGAGUUACGCGGAUAAAGUGUAAGUGAUUGAAAUGUUGCUACAUUUCCUGCUUGUGUUCUGCUUACUCAAACAAAUUCCUGCCGAAGGAUUAAACGACGACUUGGUAAUAACUUGGGAACAAAAAGUAAAAUUGGACGAGUUUAGAACAAUCAUGGAACCCCACCUGCCCCACGACUACAUGAAGGCGGAUAUUUAUCUUCUCAGGUGGCUGCAAGUUCGAAACUUUGAUAUUCCCGCUGCUGCCCGAAUGUUGCGAGAGAAUCUCCGUUGGCGGGAAGAAAACGAAAUGGAUACCGUAUUGGAGGAAGAUUGGACCGAGUUUAACAACCAGUAUCGUUUUAAUCUGGAUAGUUGUGAUGAUAAAGGAGCCCCAGUUGCCGUGCUUUUCGUGGGUGAGUGGGACAUGCGACGAGCCGUGUUGGCUGGACAAUCGGACAAAAUGCGCCGCUUCAUGGUGAAAUGUUUUGAAGAGGUUACUACCGUUUUAAGAAACAUGCAAGCACGUGGGUCAAACGCGACGAGAGUAAACAUCAUUCUGGAUUUAGGCUCGCUCAAUUUUCAAGUACAAGCUUGUCCCCGGUGUAUUCCAUUCUUCAUUUACCUGGUGCAAUCGCAGGGUGCCUAUUUUCCGAACGUAGUCAACGUUGGGAUCGUCAUCAACACUCCUGACGUUAUAAUCCCGGUGUGGAACAACUUCAUCAAACCUGCUGCACCUCCAGAGAUUCAGAAGCUGGUGGACGUUUACGGAAGGAAGAAGAGCCUCUGGCGUGAAGCUUUGUUGACAAAGUAUGGCAUCGAUUUCGUUAAAAUGAGCCACGAAAUGGGCGGCGAUGGACCUGACCCCGUCGAUUCCAACGAUCUUAGAAAGAGUGGAUAUUUGUACGCGUGUCCGGAAUUAAAAUAAAUUUAAUGUGCGUAUUUAUUCGACACUAGCGUAUAAUCCGUUCAACCUCAUUUGAUUUUCAUUAAAAUUGAGCGGAAUUUUGCGCAGUUUCACCCGAUUUGUGGAAAAUAAAUCAAUAUUAUACGCUGAAACUCUGUGUCACCGACGGAAGUCGACAGAAUGCUACAAGUGACAAUUUGCAGGACCUCCGCAGGGGGCGAGUUUCGCAAAAAUCUAAAGUUAUUUAUUUUAAAUUGCAUACUGUGAAGCGUCCUGAAGACAUAUGCACUGCGCACUGGUUUCUAUCUGGUUACAACCAAACCUGAUCAAUUUCUUGUCUUCAUUUCGAAAUUCAAUUUAAAUUACUCACUCAUUCUUCAUUAUUCAAUGAAUAAUU